AUGGCGGCGGUUUUGGAGCUGGUGCUGGCCGGGGAGGUGACGGCCGAGGCGGCCGUGCGCUGGCUGGUCGCCCACCGCCGGGAGCCCCCUCAGGAUGCCCCCCAGGAGGCCAGCCCGCUUGACCCGCUGCGCCCACUGCGUAGGGAGUUCGUGCCCUUCCUGCUCAACUUCCUGCGGGACCAGAGCAGCCGCAUCCUGCCGCCUCAGGGACCCCCGACCCCGGCCAAGACCCCCGCCCCUGCCGUCAUCCCCGCCACCCCACCGCCCCGCCGCGGGGGCCGCAGGCGGGGGCCGGGUGCGCCGCAUGGGGCGGGCAGCCCGGGACCCCCGCCCGCCCAGGCCCCCAACCUCGACAACCUGGACGAGUUCCCGCCCAUGGGCUCAGCGCCCCCCGUGACCCCGGGGACGAAACCGUCCCGCCGGAUCAAUCCUACCCGAGUGAGUGUGGAGCGACCGCUCUCCAAGCCCAAGACCUGCUUCACGUCACCCCCGAUCAGCCAGAGCCCCAGGCUCACGCCUCCCACUCCGGACCCUCGCGCCUGGGGGCCUGGCUUCUCUCCAGGCUGCAGCAGCUUAGAGGAGGAGCGGGAGAUGCUCAGGAAGGAGCGGUCUAAGCAACUGCAGCAGUCGCCCUCCCCUGCAGGCCCCGUGCUGGAACCUGGUCCUUCUGCCCCCAGCUGGAACGGGGGCAUCCCGGAAGAGCCAGCUGACCCCACCAGGGUUUCCGGCCGGCAGCAGCUGGAAUUGGUAGCCCUGGUCUACUCGUCCUGCAUUGCUGAGAACCUGGUUCCCAGCCUGUUCUUGGAGCUGUUCUUCGUCCUGCAGCUACUUACCGCCCGAGGGACGGUGGAUGUCGAAGAGGACAGACUCGAUUCCAGCCCUGGGGUUCUAGGUGCUCUGGAGGGGCCACUCUUCCGGAGCAUCCACGACUGCGUGUUCUUUGCCGUUCAGGUUCUGGAGCACCAGUUCCGGGUCCUUUCCUACCUGGACAAAGGGACGUUGAAGCUGCUGGCUGAGAACGAGCGGCUUCUCCGCUUCUCCCCAGCUCUGCAGGGCCGACUUCGGGCUGCUUUUGAGGACAGCACCGCCAAGGUGUCCCUGCUGAUGCCACCCUCCGCCCACGCCGUCUCCUUUCAGCCGGAAACUGACAACCGAGCCAACUUCCCUAAUGAUCGGGCUUUCCAUACUUUCAAGAAGCAGAGGGAUGUGUUUUAUGAGGUGCUUCGGGAGUGGGAGGACCGGCAUAAGGAACCUGGCUGGGAUUUUGAGAGAGGCCUGGGCAGCAGGAUCAGGACCAUGAUGGUUCAACUCUCUGCCGCUUCCGGCCACAGCCACUUUGCUCGGCUCUUCCAGAAGCAGCUCCUGCAGAUGUGCCAGUGCCCAGGAGGGUCUGGGGGAACCGCCUGGGGCAAGGCACCCGAUCCCGAUGUGCUGAGCGUAUUGGGAGCCGACAAGCUGGGGCGAUUGCGUCAACUGCAGGAGCGCCUGGUGGCCCCACAGAGUGGGGGAGGGCCCUGCCCGCCUCCCACCUUCCCUGGAUGCCAAGCCUUUUUCCGGGACUUCAUCCUGAGCGCCAGCAACUUUCAGUUUAACCAGCACCUUGUGGACAGCCUGAGCCUGCAAAUCCGAGAACUGAACGACCUGACCCUUCCCCACCACGGGCCCACCGAGGAAGGGGAAGCAGACGUGGAUCGGCAGGAUGAGCGGAGGCAGUUUGCCGCAGUGCUCCUGAGUUUGCGGCUCCUGGCCAAAUUCCUGGGCUUCGUGGUGUUCUUGCCCUACCGGGGUCCCGAACCGCCCCCUACCCGUGAGGUGCAGGAUUCAGCUCUGGCCCUCAGGAGCCAGACGCCACCAGCUCUGGAUGUGCUGACGUUGCUACGGCAGGGACUGCAGACCCGCCGCGCGGUGCUGACAGUUCCCUGGUUGGCCGAGUUCCUUUCCCUGGCUGACCAUAUUGCCCCCCUGCUGGAAUAUUACCGGACCGUCUUUGUCCUCCUGCUGCAGUUGCACCGGCGCCUCAUCCUGACAGACGAGGCCACCGGGGAGAUGAGCGUCCUGAACAAGUUGCUACUCCUCGCCGUGCUGGGCUGGCUUUUCCAGGUUCCCACGGUGCCAGAGGACUUGUUCUUCCUGGAGGAGGCCAAACCCCAGGCUGGGGAGUUGGACUCAUUGCCCUCGGCACAAGGGCUGGACACGAUGCCGGUAGUCGAUCAGCAGCUUCUCUACACUUGCUGCCCUUUCCUUGGGGAGCUCCGGAAGCUGCUGGCCUCCUGGGUGUCGGGCAGCAGCGGGCGCAGCAAUGGCUUCAUGAGAAAGAUCACCCCCACCACGGCUGAAAAUCUGGGUUCUCUGCGCCCCCAGACCUACCAGGGAGUGCAGGCUGAGCUGGCCCAGGCUUUCUUCCACAACCAGCCGCCCUCCCUGCGGAGGACCGUGGAGUUCGUGGCCGAGAGAGUCGGAUCCAAUUGUGUCAAGCACAUCAAGGCCACACUGGUGGCAGAGUUGGUGAGACGGGCAGAAUCGCUGCUGCGGGAGCAGAUACAGGAGGCGGAAGAUUCGGCGCAGCUGCUGGAAGUCGUGUGUGGCCAGCUCUGCCCCGAGGGGAUGCAAGCUCUGGCCCUGGGACGCAAGUUCUGUCUGCAGAAGGGCCCUCAGGCCAUUCGGGUGUUGCUCCCGGAGGAGACCUCUGCAGCCGUCUUACACAGCGCAGAGGACAUUGCAGUGGAGUUGGCAACAGAGAAGGCCUGCGCCUGGCUGUCGGCCAACAUCACAGCACUGAUCCGCAGGGAGGUAAAGGCCGCCGUCGGCCGGAUGCUGAGAGCCCAGAGCCAAACCACUGCCACCCAGAGAGAGCAGGGGGGCUGCUCCUGCGCUUGUGAGAACCAGGCUCCCCUCCCCUCCCACCUCAUCUCCGAGAUCAAAGAUGUGCUCUCUCUGGCCGUAGGACCCCGCGAUCCAGGGGAAGAGAUUUCCUUCGAUCAUCUGGAAGGACUCCUAGGACAGCUGAGCCAGACUCUGCAGUGCCGCCAGUUCCUCUGCCCGACCUCUGAGCAACAGCUGGCCAGGUGUUCUGUGGAGUUGGCCUCAUUCCUCGUUGCUUUCCGAAUCCCAACCCGGCCGAGAAUGGAUGUGGGAGCAUCCCGGGGACUUCUGCAGAAGCUGCUUUUCAUCUGGAACAAGGAUUUCCAGGUGCCCGUCCCCUUACAGUCGCUGCUCAGCUCAAGAAGUGUAGGGCUCCUCGUGGAGGCCCAGCCCCGACAGUGGGACUUGCUUCUGUUCCUGCUGCGAGAGCUGGUAGAACAAGGCCUGAUGGGGAGGAAAGAAGUAGAGAUCUUCCUGAGCGACCUCCACAAGGCCUCCUGGCCUCGGGACUUCUCCGAGGAGCUGGCCAAGCUGUGCUGCCUGUUUCUGGCCGAGCCUCCCGCCCUGGGACCCCGGCUGAGGCCCUGUGAACUGGUGGCGGCUCCUCAUGGGACGGUGCUGGCCCAGAGUUAGAGCCAAGUGGCCGGCUCUGGCCUGAGCCCGUUUCCUGAGCUCUGAGCCUCCGAAGGAGCCGGGAGACCGGCGCCGCUGCAGGAGGAAGGAGCGUCCACGCUCCAAAUCGCAAGCCGUGCAAUAGAGUGGAUCCGUUUCGAGACGGAGUCAGCCAGGACGCGUCGCCAUCCGCCAAGGGAAGGGACGGAGCUGCUUUUAUGCCCGUGGCUCCUUUUUUUUAACGGGAGUGUGAGGGGGGAGGGGGGACUUCAAGUGGUGACCUUGUGUUGGGCCCGUGAUUUGGAGAGGACCAACCUGCUGCCCUCCAGGGUCACCCAUGGAUUUCGUGUUUUUAGGAAAUGGGAAGACAAUCGUCUUCCGGCUCAUUUUUAAUGGAGAAUGGAGAGGGCUAAAUCCAGUGUGCUGGGAGUCCGGAUUUCCUCCCAGCUGGGACUGGGCCAGUUUGCUCCUGGCACAGGGGGAGCCCAUGCCUCCCUACCCUGCCAACCAGUUGCAAGGAGGUCGAGAGGUGCCAAUAUCCCUCCCCGGAGCCAAAGCCAGAGCCGUCCUGGCCCACAGGAGGGUCAGGUUUAUGCCCUGGAACUCUGAAGAGGAGCAUUCUGGAUUGGAUGGGGCCGUGGGAACUUUUUUAAAAAAAUAAAAUACCUCUUUCUGUUUGCCAAGGACCCGCCGUGUAGGAUCGUUGCUUCCGGGGCCUCCCCUUUGCCAAGCAGAGGUCUCCUCAAAGCCUGGUUGAGGAAUGGCACCUUUCUCAGCUCCUGACCUGGCAUGCUGCCCGCUUUAUCCUUGCCCUUUGUGGAGGAGAAUCUUGGAGCAGGAAACACCCCACUUCCUGGGCCCAGCCUCUGAGCAGGAGAGAAUCUGUUACUCUUAUGUCCGGCGUCUUGCUCUGGUUGUCUUUUCGCAUGGGGAUCCGAAGGAGGUUCCUUGCUUGGCCUGAGGUUGCUCGAAGGAGAAAGGGGGGUCUUUUGGGGCCCGGGGAGAGGGUUACAUAGCCAUGGUGUCGGUCUCUUCGACUCCCAGCCUCGUUUCUUGAUUCUGUCUGCCUCCUCCUACUCUCCGAACCCAGGGCAAGUAUAUUGUUCUUUCAGGGAGAGCAGCCUAAAGACAGAGGGAAAGGUUCCAACCCCGGACUUCUCAGGUGAGAAGGAAGAGGAGCUAGAGGGCAGGUUGUGGAAGAGGGGUGAGCCCCCGGGCCGUGGGAGAAUGAAGUCAGGAGCUUGGGCUGGAUCUACAAGGGAGAAUGGACGAUUUACUUAUGGCAGGUAAGCCACUGGGCGGGCCUGAGUUCAUGGUGAGCGGCAGGCCAAAAUAUUUCUUUUUAGCACAGGAGCGAGUGGGCCCCAAGCCAGCGUUGACGGCGGAGGCCAGCCCUGCUUGGCUCUGGAAGGGAAGUCUGCCGAGACGGGGACACCCCGUUGGGAAACGCCUCCGGCUCAGCCCCGGGCGGGCUCAGGAACCAAGCGUGAGCAUCCCCUUCCCAUCCCACUGGCAAUCCCCAUAAAGGAAGAAUCUGCGGCGCUGGGGAGAAAAGGCCCUGAUUGAAGAGUUUUACUACCAAUUGGGAUUGCAUAUCUUUUUAUUACAAAUGUAUCCAAAAAUAGUCUAAAAUAAAUUUUUUUUUUUAACUCCUUUGGUCGGUAAUAAAUAAUAACCAGGCACCCAAAACUGCAAAAACUUGUAGAAAAAUCACAUUUUUGACGUUUUGUCCAGUACAAAGUAGGCCUGGAGCCCUAGGGUAUAGGCAGAGCGUGAGGUACCUGGGCCGAACAGGAGACCAGAGUCUUCUCACUGCCCCUCUGCUGACCUGCCCCGUGUCCUGGGAAUAAGGCUGAGGCUGCAGUGGAAAAUAAUC